AUGGAGGAGUUGAUUAAAACUAGAAUGAAUCUAUUCUUAGCGAACGUCGAAUCUCUUAUAGAUACUGGUCAGGACAUGUUAAUUAAAUUAAAAUCAGACGGCAUUGACUUAGAUGAAGCUAAAAUUGUUUCAACAAAAUUGAAAUCUGCCAUAGACCGCUUCGUUGCUGAAACGUAUAAUUAUUAUAAGUUGGUAGAGGUAACAUCGCCUGAUGAUUUAGCAAAAUAUACGGAUAUUCAGAUAAAAGGGGAAGAAUUGGUAACAGAGCUCAAUCAUAGGGUGAAUAAAAAGGCGAACAGCGAACCAUUUUCGACAUUUAAUACUGUAGAGAAACUCAAUGUUGCCAGUAAGUUGCCAAAAAUGGAACUAGCCAAGUUCAAUGGAGACGUUUUAAAAUGGCAUCCUUUCUGGGACCAAUUCUCAUCGAAUGUAGACAGUAGAAACAUUAGUGAGGUAGACAAACUGUUGUAUCUACAAUCGGUACUUGAAGGUGAAGCGAAAAGAGCAAUUGAAGGUUUAGACAUGACAAAUAAAAAUUAUCAGAUAGCGGUAUCUACCCUUAAAGAAAGGUAUGGAAAACCUGGAACAAUAAUUGAUGCUCAUUAUGCAGCGUUGUAUAGAAUAAGGACGGCAGAUAAAUCGGUUGCAGAUUGUCGACGGGUCUUAAAUGAAAUUGAGAGACAUCUUAGGGUACUGAGUUCUUUAGGUGAAGACGUUAGCCAUAACCAUCUCAGAGUGAUGAUCAUGCAAAAAUUUUCAGAGGAUUUAAUUUAUGAACUUCGAAUGAAAAUGGGAACCGAAACAGAUUCCAUAGAGAAUAUUAGACGUCAUUUGGAACAUAUUAUAUCCGCACGAGAAGCGUCAAGUAGGAUGAAAGAAGAAACAUUUUCGACAGAAGGAUCCACUAGUAAAGAGGACGCUGGGAAAUUUACACUAGAAUCCCUACAUGUUCGAACAGAAAAUCACCGAAGGGCGCAGUCAACGUUUAAGAAGUUCCCACUAAAAGAAAAAGAUAAGGGUAGGAGUUACGGCAGAGGAGGAGUUAGGCGUGACCCUGAUAAAAAAGAAUAUGUAACCGGAUACCUUAAGACAAAGUUAAACAAUGGUCGAAAGAGAAACCACCUCAGAGAUGAUAAUAAUUACCGAGGCUUUGAUACCAAACGGAGGAAACCAUCGUGUAUAUUCUGCGGUAAUGGUCACUUCAACGAUGAAUGUGAUGUAGUGAAGACUGUUGAAGAGAGAAAACGAAAGUUAGAAGGCCGUUGCUAUAAUUGUCUAUCAAAGGGUCAUAUCUCAAAGGAAUGUAAGUCGCAUAAGAAGUGUUGGCAUUGUAGUAAAUAUGGUGAACAUAACAGAGCUCUCUGUCCCUCUCGGAAUCCUGUCAGAACAGAAAAUCUACACGUUGGUGGUUCUAAUAACAUAAAGGGACUUACCUUCCUGCAAACUGCCGUUGCUCAGGUUCAGAAUGUAGAAAAGGAAUCCGUCAUUGCGCCUUGUAGAGUAAUUCUCGAUUCUGGUAGUCAGCGCACGUACAUAACAAAGGAGCUUGCAAAGAGAUUAAACUUACCUGAAUUAGAGAAAAAUAAUCUUUCCGUUUUUACCUUUGGCGCCGACCGUCCAACUGAAAUUGAUAGUCCAGUAGUAAUAUUUAGAAUUAUCACUAGAACAAACGUAUACAAAAUACUUUAUGCCAACGUUGUUCCUCAUAUAACUAAUAGUGUAUCCACAUUGCCUCGAGAAAUGGCUGAGAGUGUUCUUGGGAGCGUUGUCCCAUCGAACACUAUAUUAGCUGAUGAUAACUCUCUGGGUGACAAUAUAGAUUUAUUAAUAGGUAACGACUAUUAUUUCACAUUUAUUGAUGGCGAAAAGAGAAAAGUAACCCAAGAUCUUUACUUGAUCAAUUCAGCUUUCGGAUGGAUUUUUUCUGGCCGUUAUUCUACUUCGGAAAGACACCUCCCAGAUAAGCUAUCAGUAUUAACUUAUUUUCAGUCUGGUAUUGAAUUUAACAGUUUCUACGUCCCUGAUCUUCCUUUAAAGAGUGACGAUAUGAAAAGAUUAUGGGAUUUAGAGUCAAUCGGAAUUAUGGACUCUCCGAAGGUCUCCCGUGAAGAUGAAGCUGUUCGGCAAUUUAAUGAGACGACGCAAUAUUUAAAUAAUCGAUAUUAUGUGAAAUGGCCGUGGGUCGCAUACCCUCCGCUUUUACCAUCAAAUUAUGGGUUGGCUCGUGGUAGAUUAACGAGUUUGUUGAAAAGACUUGAUGACGAUACAAUCCAAAGAUACAACGAUAUUAUUCAGGAUCAAUUGGAAAGGGGCAUUAUAGAGAUAGUGCCAGAUCCAUCUGUACCUGUCGAGCAUCCCGUGCAUUACUUGCCACAUCAUUGUGUAGAACAAAAUGAAAAGUUACGUUUGGUGUACGACGCAUCUUCCAAGACAAAGGGCAAUAAAAGUCUGAAUGAAUGCCUAUAUCGAGGACCACUCAUGCUAGAGGAUCUUACAGGUCUUUUGAUUCGCUUUAGGGAACAUCGAAUAGGCAUUGUCGCAGAUGUCGAAAAGGCAUUUUUACAGGUCGGUUUACAGAACGAAGACCGAGAUGUAACACGAUUUUUAUGGACAAAAUCUGCAGGAAGGGAUCUAUCUCCUCAGAAUAUUCAACAUUAUAGAUUCUGUAGAGUGCCUUUUGGAGUGAUAUCAAGCCCUUUCCUUUUAAAUGCCACCAUACGACACCAUUUGAAAAGGAGUGACAGUGCAGUCUUCAAGCAAGUCGCGGAAAAUAUUUACGUUGACAAUUUAGUUACUGGCACAGAUUCAGUGGAAAAUGCUGAGAAGUUGUAUAAUGGUGUCAAAAGGGCAUUUGACGAUCUUUCUAUGAAUAUUCGUGAGUGGAAUUCCAAUUCAGAGCAGUUCAAUGAGACUAUUCCCUUACAAUUUCGAUCUAAGACAACAGAACGUAUGAAAGUGCUAGGCCUAGAAUGGGAUCUUCUAAACGACAUGCUGAAGCUGAAUUUUCGGUUAGAUCAAGAUAAAGUAAACCAAAUUAGGACAAAACGAGAAAUCUUGGGACUAGUAGCUUCCAUAUUUGAUCCAUGUGGUUUUGUAACACCGAUUGUUUUACCUAUGAAGUUGUAUCUACAAAAUCUCUGGAGUCAAAAAUAUGACUGGGACACUGAGUUAGCUGAAGAAGCUCUCGUAGAAUGGCAAACGGCCUGCCGGCAGGCUUGA